CCAUCCCAUCGCAAGUACUACUAUGCCUUUGAUUGAGGUGAUUGCAAAUGAUCGUCUAGGUCGGAAAGUCCGAGUCAAGUGCAGCCCGGAUGAUACUGUGGGCGAUCUGAAGAAGCUCAUUGCCGCUCAAACAGGCACAGACUAUAAGAAGAUUCAGUUGAAGAAAUGGUAUACGAUCUACAAGGACCAUAUCAUGCUCUCAGAUUAUGAGAUCCACGAUGGUAUGAGCUUGGAGAUGUAUUAGGGGUCAAUCUAUCCUCAAGAGAGGAGAGAAGGAUCGCGCAGAAGCAGACUCAGGGCUACGCACUGGUUCUUGUUGAGUCUACUUUCUAGUGUUAUCGUCUACAAUCGUAUCAUGUAUCGCUCAACACUCCUUGUCAGCAUUAUUGACAUGUAUUAGCAGCUUUGUGCCAAUUAAUCACUUCUUGGAGAGUUA